CUCCUUGCCCUCCCCACCCUCCAGUCUGUGCUCCAUGCUCUGUCCUGUACACAGCCUGCCCCCAUAGGCACAACCAAUCAGUGCUCAGAGCAGACAGGAGCUUUAAGGAGACAUGUACUAGAACGUUUAACAAACUUAUAUUCGUGUUCCAAGCAGGACCUGCUGAUUCUCAUUUGGGGGAUUUCUCUGCCUACAGACCUGUGGAUGUACGUUUUGUGAGUGGAUUCUCCGGUGUAUGUUUGCAGCUGUUUUCUCUGCUGUUCUGUGGCUUUGUCACACUGAGCCAUGUCUAUGCUGCCUUCUUUUGGCUUCACCCAGGAGCAAGUAGCUUGUGUGUGUGAGGUUCUGCAGCAAGGGGGGAAUCUGGAGAGGCUGGGCAGAUUCUUAUGGUCCCUUCCAGCCUGUGACCACCUACACAAGAAUGAAAGUGUCCUGAAGGCUAAGGCUGUUGUUGCCUUCCACAGGGGAAACUUCAGAGAGCUGUACAAGAUUCUGGAAAGUCACCAGUUCUCACCCCAUAACCACCCCAAACUUCAGCAGCUGUGGCUCAAAGCCCAUUAUGUGGAGGCUGAAAAACUGAGGGGGAGACCUCUUGGGGCAGUUGGAAAAUACAGGGUGAGACGAAAAUUUCCCUUACCCAGGACAAUCUGGGAUGGUGAAGAGACCAGUUACUGUUUUAAGGAGAAGUCCAGAGGGGUGCUGAGAGAGUGGUAUGCCCACAACCCCUAUCCAUCACCUAGGGAGAAGAGGGAGCUGGCUGAGGCCACUGGACUUACCACCACACAGGUCAGCAACUGGUUCAAGAACCGGAGGCAAAGGGACAGGGCAGCAGAGGCCAAAGAAAGGUAUGAUGGAGCUCAGUACUGUGCUAUUAAUGAGUACUAACUGUGAGAAUGAAUGUAUAAAGUAAAUGUGGGCCAACGUUAUAAAAUGUAGCAAUCAGUGGAAUGUUCUGCAGAUUGCCCCACUUAAAGAACUUUGCCCUAGAAUUGCACUUCACACAGAUCCCCCCCUUUGUGUGGCCAGGAUAUCGCUGCACAGUCUGUACGUCGAAACGUUAAAUCCCUGCAAUUUGUGCUAGAGAAUCUCUUACUCCAGUACCAGACAAAGAGAUCUAAACUAUUUCAAUUUUCUGUUAUAAAUCCACGUGGUCUGGGACCCUGCUAGCAGAUCUAUGUAUCUUCAGAAUAAAGCCAAAAAGUUAAAACACAAAAUAUCUAAUAGACUGAUUGCUUGGUAAACUGUCUGACCACAGCCUGCGUCCCCCCACCCCCCUCUCCUGUCACCAUGUACCCCCUGCCCAACUCCACUAACACACAGUGAACUGGCCGGCUGGGAGCAGGACAAGAAGGGGGGAAAUUGGGUAUUUUUUUUCCCUGUGGCAAUAAAAUAAACAAAUAAAGAGGGGACAGUAGAAGUGGUGUUUUUUUAGCUCACCACAUGUUCUGCUGUGUGCUGGCUGUCAGUGUUAGUCUGCAAAUACAUUGUGUGUAGGAGUAUGUGUUACAUUCACACGGUGUGUGUACACAGCACGUUACAUAGGAAAAUUAUUAGACAGAAUUUAUUAAAUAUACAAAUAUCCUACAAUUAUCCUCUAUGACAGCUCGACACGUUUCACAGUAAAGUUAAUUGGUCGUUAAGUGUGUUUACAUGUAAUUGCUUCAUUAAUUACAGUUUUUUGUACACCUCUUAAUUUACUGCCAAAGAACACACAUAAAAAUGUACAGCUAAACCAAUUAAUCAAUUAACACAUUUUUCUAUAAUAUUUUUUAAAAUAAGGCUGACAAUUAAAUACAGUCUUUGCUUUCUCCCCAAAAUGUUUUUUUUUAUGUUUUCUUUUAAUUUACUCUGUGCAAUAUUAAUUAUUUAUACAAUUAUAAACACAUAAAUUAUAAUCUACUGUUGAUAAUAUUUGGUAUUUUUAUAAUUAAUUGAUAUAUCAGAAAUUGGUAUGUAAAUUAUAUCAUUUACUGCUUAAUCCAUCUUUUAGUUUUAUUUAAUACAAGUUUAACGUGCUUCGCUGAAUUUUAUGAAUUUAUAUACAUAUACCUGUACAUAUUUUAAUUUAUUUUUUAUUAUUUUUUUGUUCAUAGGGAAAACACUGAAAAUAAUAGCACAUCCACCAACAAGCAAAAUCAACUCUCUCCAUUGGACGGUGGGAAAUCCCUGAUGUCCAGCUCAGAUGAAGAAUUUUCACCUCCCCAAAGUCCAGAUCACAGCUCAGUCCUUCUACUACAGGGUAGCCUGGGCCACCCUGGAGGGUCUACGUAUUCUUUAAACGCUUUAAAUGCUACCCAGGGCAGUCACAGUCUGCAAGCACAUCAACAUCAACUACAGGACUCCUUACUUGGACCUCUUACCUCCAGCUUAGUGGAUCUGGGAUCCUAAUUGUGAUCUGUACCAUCAGACAGAGACAUUGAGCUGAGCCCCAGAGAAUCCAGACUCUUUGUACAUAGCAAGACAUUUAAUGCUCUGAAAACUCAGCUCAUUCACACGGUACUUAAUACGAGAACAGUGACUAUAUUAAUAUUAUUAUUAUUAUUAUUUUUUAAUUUCUUUCCAUAAUUUUUUUUUUUUUUUUUUAAAUAUUCGUCCAUACCCGUCAAAUGCUCUUAUGAUCUCAUAGAACAAUCCUGCAAGUAAGCCAAAUACUGAGCAGGACAGAGGCACUAGUACACCCCCCCACCCCCUACCCCUCUCACCCUUUCUUUUAAAAAAUAAAUAAAAAUAAAUAACAAGCGUUUUGAUCAACUUUCCAUGCAAAAUAUAGGAUAUUCUAAACUGAAAGACAUUAUUGUGUUUUAUUUAUUAAGAUCUUAUUUUCCUGUUCUUUAAAGAAAAAUGGUAAAAAAAAAAAAUAAUUAAAAAAAUAAUAUCAAGAAGGAUAAAACUGUGAGGACUUCUAUACAAUUUGAAAAAAUUGGACGGGGCUAAGUUUACAUUUUUUUUUCCAUAUUUAGUGUAUAAAAACAUAGAAAAAAUAGUUUAUAAUAAAAAUGCAGUAUUAGAAAAUUAACAGAUAUUAGCAACGAGUCUACUCUUGGCGCUGGAAACAACAAACAAAAAUAAAAUAAACAACACGUUUAUUAUAAAAUAUUGUCCAAAAAUAAAUAGAUAUUAUAAAUAUUGACAUAAAUAGGAAUCCUCUGCUAGAGGAGAUUCUGUACUCAGACAGGAGGGUAGUGGGUGCUUAGUGGAUACAGAUAUAAAAGGAAUAGAAGUCAAAUAAAUUGUUGCCAAUUAUGAACAGGGGAAGAUGGUAAAAAUUAAUUAAUGGGUCUUCCCUGUAGUUAAAAUGACAUAGUAAUUCAAUUGAGGUUUUUAGCUACAAAGCCAUGCUAUUAUUAAUAUUACCAUCAUUUAUAUAGCGCUAACAUAUGCCACAGCGUUUUACCAUUAUAACAACUAGUAAUUAACAGACACACGAGGUGAAAGUAACUGUAUGUAUCAUUUAAUAAGCUCGGAUUGGAAAUAGAUUUAUAAAAAUUGUCCCUUCUCACUGCAGAAAGCGGUGACUUUGGCUUUCAUAGUCUUGCAAAAGGGGGGUGGGGGGGGGAAUGCGCUAAUGUUUGUUUUGCUACAGGUUUCUGCGCUGUAGUUGUGAUCUGGGAAAGUUUUUGCGCAGAAUUUGCGCACACUGGAGAUUCUUGCGCAGAAGUUGCGCACAGUGAGGAUUGUUGCGCAGGAUUUGCACACAGCGAAGAUUCUUGCGCAGAAGUUACGCUCAGCGCAGAUGGCUGCGCUAAAGAUACUUGCGCUAAGGAAAUUUGCGUCACUUUAGAAUAUGAAGAGAAGCGUCAAAUCAGGCGAUUACUGGGCAUCCCUCACCCAUCAAUCAAAAUAACACAACUUUCAUUUUCUUGUCGAUAGCAAUUGGAAACCAUUAAGGACAGCAGCCAGAAAGCGCUAGACAUUUAUUAUAACUUGUUAUUACUAACUCUCUGAGUCCUUCAAUCAUUUCAUAGUUAACCCUUUGAGUAUCAGAGGGAACCCACAACUUUCUAAUCUGAAAGAAAGAAAAAUAUAUAAUUCCAACCUGCAGUCUUUUUAAAAAAUAAAAUAAAAUAAAAAAUGGAGAAUAGUCUGCCACUCAUUUAAGUGAUCGAGUUCUUUUUCAUAGGGUACUAUUAUUUAUUAAUUUUAGCUUGUUUUCUAUGGUAAUGAGGGGGGUGAUUAUUUUUUUCCUGUGUAACAGCAGUAAUCUGUGCUAUUUAUUAAAUGGACAGUAAUAUUAAAACAUUGUUUGCUGGCAUUAUUUGUUCUGUGAUAUAUAGAAUACAGGAUAUGUUAGAGAUUCAUUACUCCUUCUGUGCUGUCUGCACCCCUUAUUCACUGCCUGCACCCCAUUACUCUCUGCACCCCAUUACCCUCUGCCUGCCCCCCAUAACCCUAUGUCUGCCCCCCUUACUCCCUGCCUGCACCCCAUUACCCUCUGUCUGCACCCCAUUACCCUCUGUCUGCACCCAUUACCCUAUCUAUGCACCCCAUUACCCUCUGUCUGCACCCCUUAUUCACUGACUGCACCCUAUUACCCACAAUCUGCA